UCAAGAUUGUUUUCACUCAAGUCAGCAGGCUGAAACGAUGACACCUCCAAAGUUAGUUUUCUAUCUGGUAUUUUUGCUCGAUUGGAAAAUAGCUCAAAUGACAGAAUAUUCCUCAACUGUUCAUCAGGAGGGAGGUUUUGUUUCGGCUCAUGUUGGUGACAGCGUGACAUUGGAAUGUUUCUGUGAAGGUGAAGUCAUAGCCAAGUACUACUGGUAUAAACAAACUCUGGGAGAGAGACCGAGGCUCGUCUCUUCAGUCUAUGUGUCUAAUAAAAUUGUCACUUUUUACGAUGAAUUCAAGAGCAAUCCACGCUUCACACUGGACACGGACACUGGGAAAAAUCACUUGAAGGUCUCCGAUUUACGCAUUUCCGAUUCAGCCACUUACUACUGCGCAAGCAGCUUUUCAAUAACAUUUGAAUUUAUACAAGGCGUUACUGUCAGUGUGACGGGUUCAGGUUUGAACAUCCCAGCUUUGGUCCGUCAGUCAGCAUCUGAGAUCGUCCAGCCAGGAGGCUCUGUGACUCUGAACUGUGCAGUACAAACUGGGACCUGUGAUGGAGAACACAGUGUUUACUGGUUCAAACACUCUCAAGAAUCUCAUCCAGGACUCAUUUACACCCAUGGAGGCAGGAAUGAUCAGUGUGAGAGGAAAGGCAACACACAAACACACACCUGUGUCUACAACUUGCCAAUGAAGAGCCUGAAUCUUUCUCAUGCUGGGACCUACUACUGUGCUGUUGCUUCAUGUGGACACAUACUGUUUGGAGACGGGACCGAGCUGGACUUCAAGGAUGAUGGAGACUCGACGGUUUAUGUGUAUUUCUUGAGUGGAGCUUUGGCAUUUACCACCAUCCUGAGUGUUUUACUGGCUGUCUUGCUGUACAUUAUAAGAAGGAGGACAUGCUGCCAGUGCAGAGAAGCUCGCAUGAGAUUUUCCGCCUCCUCCACAACCAAUGCAGAGAAUUUCACAAAUGAGGAUCAUCUCCAUUACGCUGCUUUAAGAGUGAAAAGCGCCAGCAGAUCAAGACGGAAGGACAACACAGAGGCUGAAUGUGUGUACUCCAGGGUAAAGCCAUGAGUGUGUCUUUUCAAGUGUAGUUUUGGAAUCUGGCUUUAUCUAGAAGAGGAACAGUACCUCGUCAUAUGGUUUGAUUCUUGAGCUGUUUAUUUGCCACUUGUAACUGGAGAAA